AUGAUGAUGUCAGGGUAUAACCUCCAGGAUCUAAUUCAAGAAGCACAAUACCGUUGGCUAAGGCCAGGAGAGGUGUUUUUCAUACUGCAGAAUUUUGAGGAAAAGCAGCUUAACCAUGAGCCCCCUCAAAAGCCUCCCAGUGGCUCUGUGUUUCUUUUUAACAAGAGGGUCCUUCGUUUUUUCCGUAAAGAUGGUCAUAGUUGGCGAAGAAAAAAGGAUGGAAAAAAUGUAGGGGAAGCGCAUGAACGUCUAAAGGUUGGAAAUGUUGAAGCUUUAAGCUGUUACUAUGCACAUGGCGAACAGAACCCAAAUUUCCAGAGGCGUUCUUAUUGGAUGUUGGAUCCGGGUAUGGAGCAUAUUGUACUUGUUCAUUACAGGGAUAUAACCAUAGGUAAGCAUAGUGCGGGGCCCAUUUCGACCUUGAUGUUGGGAUCUUCUAACAUCGUUCAGGGUUCCAACUCCUACACCACAUCUGCUUCUGAAUAUUAUGAGCAUUACAACAGCACAUCUGGUCCCAGUUCUGUGGAAGUUAGUCCAGAUCUUGUUAUCACAUCCAAUGGGGCAACUCACUUCAAUCAAACAGAAAGUAUUGAUGGUUCACCUGAUUUUGAAAUUAAUCAAGCAUUAAGAAAGCUUGAAGAGCAGUUGAGUUUGGACCACUUGAAAGAUAUUGGCACGUUUUAUAGCGAGAAUGAGUAUGCAAAUGAAUUAGGAUUCACAAUCAGUGAGCAAGAUCUUGGUGGAUCUGAAAGGUUGCAAUAUGGUUCAGAUAAUUAUGUGUCUCUACCCAAGGAUGAAUUUGCUAUUCCAAGUCAACAAACUUUAUUUUGGAAGGACAUGCAAAAAUACAAUGAGAGUACAACAUAUGUUGGUUCCCUGGAGUCUUACGGAUACCCAUUAGAUGAAAAUGAAGUGCUUUUGCCUCAACCAAGGACAGAUAAUGGUGCAAGUAAUGAGUCAUCCAUAUUGGCAUCUCAAGAAGUUGAAAUUUCAACAUUUCCCAAAUAUGUCCCUGCAAACAACAUGUACCAAAGUGAUGCAGACGUAUACUCAACAUUGUUUGACCUAGGUCAAAUUGAAACGCCACUCGCAUCAGAUUCAAGUCUAACCAUUGCACAAGAGCAGAAAUUUACAAUUCGUGAAAUAUCCCCAGACUGGGGUUAUGCAACUGAGACAACAAAGGUACUGAUAGUUGGGAGUUUUACAUGUGAUCCAUCAGUAGAAGAUUCUGAAUGGAUUUGUUGUAUGUUUGGUGACACUGAAGUUCCUGUUGAGAUCAUUCAGGAAGGAGUCAUCUGUUGCCGGGCCCCACCUCAUUUACCUGGAAAAGUUACCAUCUGUAUCACUUCUGGCAACCGGGAAGCUUGUAGUGAGGUCAGGGAGUUUGAGUAUCGUCCUAAAGAUAAAGAUAAACCAAGCAGCUUAACAGAGAACGAAUCAACUAGGACCCACCAGGAACUCUUAUUACUUGUCAAAUUUGUGCGCUUGUUACUAGUAUCCGAUACCAAAAACACCAUAACCGACCUUCCGGAAGGUUCAAUAGCUGCUGGUGAAGAAGACUCAUGGGGUCAAGUCAUUGACGCUCUUUCAGACGGAAGUCUAGCAUCUUCUAAAACAACAGAUUGGCUUCUAGAACAACUUCUAAAGGACAAGUUCCAAAGGUGGAUUUCCAAUAGAUGUAUGGACGAAAAUGCCCUUCCCACCUUGUCAAAAAAAGAACAAGAGUUAAUACACAUGGUUUCUGGAUUGGGCUUCGUGUGGGCCUUGACACCUAUACUUAAAGCUGGUGUUGGGAUCAAUUUCCGCGACGUCAGUGGCUGGACUGCCCUUCAUUGGGCUGCUCGUUUUGGAAGGGAAAAGAUGGUAGCCGAGGUUUUAGCCUGUGGAGCAAACACUGGAGCAGUAACAGAUCCAUGUCAGCAGGAUCCAAACGGACAAACCCCUGCAUCCAUCGCAGCCCAAUAUGGGCACCAAGGCCUUGCAGGUUAUCUCUCAGAGAUGGCUCUCACUGCCCAUCUUUCAUCCCUCACCCUCCAAGAAAGCCAACUCUCUAAAGGCUCUGCUGACGUGGAAGCCGAAAGAACAGUAAAUAGCAUCUCAGACUCAUACCUGGAUAGCACCAAGGAUCAGGUGUCCCUCAAGUCCACGUUAGCUGCUGUGAGGAACGCGGCUCAGGCUGCUGCACGUAUACAGGCCGCUUUCAGGGCACAUUCUUUUAAGAAAAGGAAACAGAGGGAAGCUGCUGCUGAAGCAUCAGCAUCAGCAGCUGAAGUAGAGGAUGAGUAUGGUAUUCUCCCAAGUGAGAUUCAGGGACUUUCAACAGCUUCCAAGGCGGUGUUUGGAAAUUCAAAUUCACGUGAUCGUGAUCUUCAUCAUGCAGCAGCUUUGUCUAUCCAGAAGAAAUAUCGUGGUUGGAAAGGUCGCAAGGAUUUCCUUGCACUUCGACAGAAAGUUGUCAAGAUACAGGCACAUGUGAGAGGCUAUCAGGCAAGGAAGAAUUACGAAACAAUCUGUUGGGCGGUUGGGAUAGUGGAGAAAAUUGUGUUGAGGUGGUACAGGAAAGGAGCGGGGUUACGGGGAUUUCAUGUGGAUUCGAUUAUUGGUGAAGAAGAAGACUUUGUGAAGGCACUUAGGAAGCAGAAAGUGGAUGCGGCUCUAACCGAAGCUGUCUCCAGGGUGCUUUCUAUGGUCCAAUCUCAACCAGCAAGGCAGCAAUACCAUCGCAUGCUUCACAAAUAUCGCCUAGCCAAGGCGCAACGAGGAGAUUUGCAAAGUGAAGGAGCCUCAACGUCUGAAGGUGGUAUGAAUGAAUUUAUGUAAAGGGAAUUACAAUGGUUAAUUAGUUGAUAGUGUUGGGGGUUUAUAAAUUGUAAGGUGGUUGGGUUGAGUUUGUAUAUAAUUAUAUAGUUAGUUAAACAUGUGGCAUAAUGUAUUAUGUAUGUGGAUGUCAGAUUCGGUUCGGUUGUAAAUCCGCGGUAUACUACUCUUCUUUUAAGAGAUUUUAGUAACUUUACGAUGUAUCAAAGUUUUUGAUGCUCUAUUUUUUUUUUUUUGCCUGGGGACAAAUCAGAAACUAUUGAUACCUACUGUUUUUGAUUCACAACUUUGUUGUGUUUGUC